CUUCUCAAGUGCAGGACUGGACCGAAUCGUCAGGAGCAUCACACACACUGUUUCCAUAAUGAUGAUCACCUCAUCGUCCGCAGAGGACAGCAUUUCAAUAUGUGGGUUGAUCUGUGCCGUCCUUUCAAUCCCAGUUGUGACAAACUUCACCUGGAGCUGAGACUAGGUCAUAUCCCAUCCAUCCGGGACGGCACUUAUGUGGUCAUUCCAAUUGUGGAAGAAUUCAAGAAAGACUGCUGGGGGGCAAAGAUUGUCGAAAAGUGUCAAAACCGAAUCAAACUGUGUGUGCACUCAAUUCCGACUGCUUGUGUUGGACGAUACCAACUCAGUGUUGUGACUCACUGUCAAGGAGGAAGAUUCACUCUACCAUAUGUUCCUGACAAUGACAUUUACAUGCUGUUCAACCCCUGGUGUAAAGAUGACUGUGUGUACCUAAAUGAAGAGGCGGAGAGAGUUGAGUAUGUGCUGAAUGACAUGGGCAGAAUCUACUAUGGAACUAAACAGCAGAUUGGCUGCAGAACAUGGAACUUUGGUCAAUUUGAGGAGGGAGUCUUGGCUGCCUGUUUUUAUGUGUUGGAGAGGAGUUCUACCCCUUGCUCAGGAUGGAGAAGCCCCAUUAACAUCUCCAGAGUGGUGUCUGACAUGGUUAUUGCCAACAAAGACUGUGGUGUGUUGGUGGGUAACUGGUCUAACUGCUAUGGAGAUGGAACUUCUCCUACAUCCUGGUGUGGCAGCAGUGCCAUCCUGAGACAGUACCACAAAUGUGGAGGAGUACCUGUCAAAUAUGGACAGAGCUUGGCCUUUGCUGGAGUCACCAACACAUUGUUGAGGUGUUUGGGCAUUCCAGUUCGUCCCGUCUCAAACUUCUGUUCUGCUCAUGACACUGAUGUUUCUUUGACAAGUGACGUCUAUUUGGAUGAGAAAUUUCAGCUGAUUGAUCACAUGAACCAUAAUUCAAUCUGGAACUACCAUGUGUGGAAUGAGGCCUGGAUGGCUCGUCCAGACCUGCCAUCUGGUUUUGGAGGUUGGCAGGUAAUUGAUUCCACUCCUCAGCUGACCAACCAGGGAUUCUUCCGUUGCGGCCCCACCUCUGUUGCUGCCAUCCGCAGCGGACAGACCUUCCUGAAGCAUGACGUGCCCUUCAUUUUCGCCGAAGUGAACAAUGAUAAAGUUUACUGGCAGCGGAAAUGCGAUGGGACCUUUGGUGUUGUCCACGUUGAGAAGGAUGUAGUAGGUCACUGCAUCAGCACCAAGGCCGUCGGCUCAGAUCAACGUCUAGAUAUCACAAACCUCUACAAACACCCAUAUGGUUCAUCAGAGAACUGUGCUGCUUUGGAAACAGCUCUUCGUCACGGCUCCAGGAGAUGCACAUACCCACUGCCCUGUGCUGAGGAUGUUGUCUGUGAAGUCAGCCUGAAGGGUGAUGGACCGUGUGUGGGAAAUGAUGCCGUGCUCUGCAUCAAUCUGAAAAACAAAUGCAGCUCACCUCGUACCGUAACCCUCUACAGACAGGCAGCAGCCAUGUACUACACUGGAGUCAGGAAGACCUUCCUGAAGAGAGACCAGACAUGCGUCGAGCUCAAGCCCUCUGAAUGCAAACCUGUGGAAUGGACCCUGAGUUAUGACGAGUAUAAGGAGCACCUGGUGGAUCACGCCCCACUGAUGCUCAACCUCUUUGGACACGUCACUCAGACUAAGCAGAUUCUGGCCACCCAGUACAGCUUCAGACUGCGCACUCCAGAUCUAGUCAUCGCUCCUGUUUGUGACGCUGUCCUGGGUCAAGAAGUGCCAGUCAAAAUCACCUUCAAGAAUCCACUGCCUUGUGUCCUAAAGAACCCUGUAUUCCGCUUUGUGGGACUUGGACUGCAGCAUCCCAGAAUUGUUAACUAUGGUGACAUUGCAGGACAUGCCACAGUGUGCCUGACCGAGAAAUUUAUUCCCAAGUGUCACGGCCCACACAAACUUCUGGCCUCACUCGACUGCCCUCAGCUCACUCAGGUGCACGGAUUCUCCAACAUUGCGGUCAAACAGCACUGUUGAACCAAUCGAAUAACCAAAAGAGAAGAAACGUCAAGGCUCCACUGAACAGAAAGCGCUCGCAUUGAAUUGAUUUGCAGAAUUAAAUAGCAUCUAUUAGUUUCACUUUACCUACAAGCU